AUGAACGACGACGCUGAAUUAUACAAAAAGAGUAACACCUUACAGAAACGAGAUGCCGUAGAAUGCUUAGAAGAGUACGCGAUUAAAAUUAAAUGGAGAAACUACAACGAUCGGAUAAUAGAUAUAGGAUGCGGGGACGGCAGCGUGACUUCAAAUAUACUUAGAAGUUAUAUACCAAAUAAUUAUGGCAGACUUAUUGGAUGCGACAUCAGCAAAAACAUGGUCCAGCACGCGAACAGACACCACGCUGACAACCGCAACUGCUUCCGGGUCAUGGAUAUUGAAAGCGAGCUCCCGAGGGACCUGAGGGAAUGUUUCGACCACGCAUUCUCUUUCUACACCCUACACUGGAUUAAGCGGCAAGAAUGUGCGUUCAGGAAUAUCUUCGACUUGCUAGUGGAGGGCGGCGACUGCUUGCUGAUAUUCCUGGGGCACAUGCCCGUAUUCGACGUGUACCGCGUGCUCGCACGCAGCGCCCGCUGGCGACCGUGGCUGCAUGACGUCGAUCGCUUCGUCUCCCCAUACCAUGAUACGCAGGAGCCGGAGAAAAAGAUAAGGGUUAUGAUGGAGGAGAUCGGCUUCCACGACGUAGAAGUCAAGCGGAAAGAGAGAUCAUUCAUCUACGAUAGCAUCGAAGCUGUGAAAAAGGCAGUAUCAGCGGUAAACCCUUUCAAGAUCCCUCAGGAGAUGCAGGAGGAGUUUAUGGAGGACUACCUGGCUGUAGUGCGUGACAUGCGACUUAUCGACCGCGUCAACAAUAACACAGAUGGCUUAAGUGUUAGAGCUAACUACAGCUUGCUUAUUGCCUUUGGAAGGAAGUAAUCCCUUACCAUGUAUUUACUGUUGGAAAACAUAUGCAAAUGUAAUUUAUUAUCUCACCUUUCAUCAAAAUAUUAGAAACAAGGAAAUGAUUAGGUACCUAAGUGUUUUUCUACAGGUUUUGUACCUAUGGAAAAUAGUGGGUAAGAUAACGCAAAAAAUAAGAAAAGCAAUGUUUUAAAUAAAUAUCGAUCUCCUUGUUAUGUUAAAAUUUAAAGAGACAUAUAUUUUAAUGCAAAUUUUCCUAAGAUCUGUAAAACAUACAAAUGUUUAUAUUUAUGUAUGUUUAUCGUGCAAAUUCUUUCGCUUAGCGCUAAAUUUAUUCGUAUAUGUAUAUUUAUAUCUAAUUUAUCUCAUAUUGUCUAUGGAAAAUUAUGUUAACUUCUUUCAAAAUGAAUAUUAUAGAAUUAAGUUAAAGAAUCUCAUCUUCUCUAAAUUGGGCGAGGUAAUUUAAGAGUAAUCUUGAAAGGUAUGAUUGAAUAAAAGAACGUUAGGAACGUUUGUGUGAUUCAUUUAGAAAAACAAAUGAAGGGGUGUUGGUGGGUGUCAUGUAAUUAUCGUCUGAUCAUUAUUGCUAAAACUUAGAGCGGGCGCACACCUUUGACCACACUAUCACACCGUUGUACGAUUGUCGAUUGUUUCGCCGCCCAUUCAACUGUUCAGUUGCACAACUAAAAAUCGAAUAGUGUAACCUUCGUGUAAGCUCACAAGAAUCAAAGCGCGACUGAACAGUUUUGCGAUAGUAUAGUCAAAGGUGUGCAACCGUUCUUAGAAAGACGGUGGCAACAGUAACAUUAAGCAUAGUCGUCAUCAUGCGAUAAUUUAGUCUAGGCGACAUUACUUUUUUUUGUAUUAUUUUUUACCAAGGUGCUAUUUAUGUUUAUUCA